AUGCAGGACGUCCAGGUGCUGCAGCCAAAGGACCUGCGGGGUGCACAGCCUAAGGCCAAGAUGGCCAAGAGCCUCAGUAGACUACCAAGAAGAGUGAAAGUGCAGCCCCUCACACUGCUGAGCUCAGACCUCCCAGCCCCAGGAGUCCAGGCACUGAACAUCAGUCAGGCCAAGAAGUGGCUCUCCAGGCGAACUGCAUUGCAACAAAAACGCGUGUUCAGGAAAUCUCUUGGCGGCUUCUGCCUCUGCUCCCCCUGGUCCCUUGUCAGCCUCAGCAUCGCCAAGAGGAGGGGAAUCGCCACAGGCGGAGACGCUCAGCCCGAGCUCCAAGAUGGCAGCCCCGAGGAGUGGCACGUGAGGUUUAGAACACUCAAUGGCUGGGAGGAUGCUGACCCCAUCAGGGACCUCAGGAUGCUGAGAGAGCUGUGCCGCCGGUGGCUGCGGCCCGAGCUGCACACCAAGGAGCAGUUCAUGGACCAGCUGGUGCUGGAGCACUUCCUCAUCUCCAUGCCUCCAGAUGUCCAGGUGCUAGUCAAGGAAAGCGGUGUGACGAGCUGCCGAGACCUGGAGGAGCUGCUGCGAAACAGCUGGAGGAAGCCCACGAGCUACAUGAAGCCUCAAGCAGCUAACAAAGUGGCCUUCGCAGGAGCCAUGCAGUUAAUUAAGACAGGAGAGUCCAAGAACCUCCACAUGGCUGGCCAACUGCAUCGGUGGUUGCAGCAGCUGGGGCAGCAGGGCCAGACCAGAUCCAGAGGGCUGGAGCUCCGUCUGGGGUUCAGCACUAAGAGGGCAGAAGCCACGGGCCUGGUGUGGUUCGGGGCGACGGGCAGUGCCACAGAAGCCCCCUGGGGCAUGGCCACAGAAGCACCUGCCGAUUCUGGGGAAGACGCCAGCGAAGGGGUCAUUGCCUGCAGCUCGGGUGCCGACCCCCCUCCCAUCCCUGCUUUGGAGGCAGAAGCUUCACCCCGCAGUGGCAGUCACAGACGGAGACAUGCCAAGAAGAGGAGGGUCCAUCCAGAGGGGUCCGGGGAACACCCACAGGCAGAGAAUAGCAGGUUCCCAGCAGAGGCCUGCCUGCCUGGGGCGCACCCGCACCCCACGGAGCCUGCCCCACGUCGCUAUCAAUGCGGGGACUGCAGCAAGAGUUUCUGCUACAGAUCCCAACUGGUCAUCCACCAGAGGUCACACACCGGCGAGCGGCCCUUCCAGUGCGAGGACGGCAGCAAGGGCUUCAUGCAGCCCUCCGACCUCCUCGUGCACCAGCGCAUCCACACGGGCGAGAAGCCCUUCGUGUGCACCGACUGUGGCCACGCGUUCUCCCACGAGGCCAACCUGGUCACCCACAGGCGCGUCCACACACAGGAGCGGCCGUACAUGUGCAAGUACUGUGGCCAGUCCGUCAGCCAGAGGGGCAACCUCAACGUGCACUACCGUAUCCACACCAACACGAAGCCCUACUGCUGUGAGGUCUGCGGCCAGUGCUUCACGCAUGUGCGCACCUUCAAGCGCCACUUGAAGAUCCAUGAGAGGGCCAUGCCCCCCAAAUAG